GUUUUGAGACGACCAUGGAUGGAAGCAAAAUGGCGAAAUUUCUGUUGUUGCUGAUAGCUGUUGACCUGCUGUUGUUUUCGUCGACUGAAGCAUGGCGACGUCGUAGGCGUAGUCGUAGGCGUAGGCGCUGCUCUUCGUCCAAGCCAGAAGGAGUCGCAUGGGUGAACCAGUGGCAACAACCUUUCUCCUUCAGUUGCAAAACCAGUGAGCCAGUUGCUGUACAUAUACAUUUAUAUAGAAUCAAUAAACGAUAAUCCUUUCUUUUACGCUGCUUUCCUGUAAAGAUGCAACUCACUCGCUUUCCCUGCAUAACAUACUCCGAAGCAUUUGUUACAAUUUUAAUAUAUGUAUAUACAGUCUUUAUUUAUGAAUUGGAGAUUAUUUUUCUCCUUCUUUUUCUUCAUCCCGACAGACAGAUUCGUUUGUCCUUAGAAGCGAACCUAUGAUUCUCUCAGGCUCGGACAAAGUGAUGGAUAAAUAUUUCAAUAUUCCUUUAUUUUUUUUGCAAUCCUGCACUGAUUUGCUCUCUGAUACACACUAAUUAUAAAGACGUAUGAUCUUUAAAGGUAAAAUAAAUGGUAUAGAGAGAAUAGGAUGACAAAUUGUCCCGUACAAUUUCGAAACAUGUUUCUAACUGCUUUUUAUUGGGUCAUUUCAUGUCUUGUUUGUGUAAUGUUUAGGCUAUUAUUUGAGGUCAUGGCGCAGCCAGCAUCGCAACUGCAAAGAAGACCGCAUCCAUUACUUCCAGUGUGGGUAUGGUCCAGCGUCAUACAGUGCGAGCAACUGCUUUUGGACAUACACUGUAAAUAGCUUUGACGGGCCAGUGAACUUCAAAUGCCCCUGCAAUGGCUUCAUUACUGGAGUGGCAAGUGAUUCUUACAGCGGCCAUCACAAAGACCGCACGUAAACAUCAUUCCACUACUAAAAUCCUACGCUUUAUCAGAGAGAAGUCGUUACGUCACGUUGCUAUGGUUGCAAAGAAUUCUGGAUCUCAACAAAACCGUGGUCUUGCAAAUAUAGCAGAACAAAACGAAAAAAAAAAUGGCAUGACUUGUGUGAGUUUCCUGUGCAUGAUUUUGUCACUCAGGAUCAAAACAAUAGCCCAUGCUUUUCUUUCAUCGUUUGACAAUGUAAAUGGCUUUCUUUGCAAAGAAAGAUUAUUGAGAUCCAGAAAUUUUGCUACCAUGGUAACGUGACAUCACACUUUUCCACUCUAUAAUGAUCUUCCUUAUAAGUGUUAAAUGCACAGUCCAGGAAAAUGCAAAGAUUUAAUUUUAUCAACACAGUUGAUAAAACCAACUCUUUGCCUUUCACUCCCUCACCGACGUAGCACAGCUUCAUUAGAAACUUUCCCCCUUUAUUCAUCGGUCCAGAGACAAAAACCAUUCACCUUUCUUUCUCCUGUGAAGAUGAAAGGUGGUUAAAAUUGUCAGAAAAAUUGUCAUCACAGUUAAGUAGUUUUGUUUCGUGAUAAAAGUAUUUAAGACCAAUACAUUGCAUGUACGUACAACCCGAAAGUAAGAUCCAUGAAAUAACCCAAGGCGGACCUGAUAAUAGCUUCCGCAAAUAAGGUCACUAUCAGUUGUUCAGUAGAUUUUUUUCUUUCUGUGUUUCCAAUGACAGGUUUCGGUUCCACUGCUGCUAUAUAAACGGAUAUUUUAAGCACAGUUGCCAUCACACUCUAUAUAAGAACAACUGGGACCAAGAAUUGAUGUACUAUGUUCCCUAUGGAUUCUAUCUGUCUGGAGUGGAGAGUUAUCACCAUAACCAUCAUGAGUAAGUGUUGAGAUAACUUGCUUAGUCCCUGGAAGCGAAAGGUGCGCAGAAUUAAAAAAAACCUCUUCUUCAACUACGCUGGGUUCCAACAUACCGUAUUUAUUCGAAGAAGCGCUCAACCUCGAAUUAGCGCCCACAUCGAUUAAGCGCCCCUCCCAAAGGCUGAAAAAGUUCAUUAGCGCCCACCCCACACCACCCCCCUCCCCCUCCCAGUCAAACACAAAUAAGCGCCCACCCCCAACCCCACCCACUUGAGUGACAGUGAGAUUGAAAUUGAAAUUGAAUAAGUACUAAUAAGACUAAGACUGAAACUUCCCCGAAGACGGAGUUUUCUUCACAGAGAAUUUUAAAGAAACCUUGAUUUGUUACAUGAUUCACGUUUUGUUAUUACCAGCAUUUAUUGUUUUGUUGCAAAAUAAACAUACUAAACUUGCUGAAAAUGGUGAAAAUUUAAUAAGCGCCCAGCCACGAAUAAGCGCCCACCUCGAAUAAGCGCCCACUCUCAAGGUCAAAGAAUUUAAUAAGCGCCCAGCGCGGUUAAUCGAAUAAAUACGGUAUUUGUACAAGAUCCACUGCCGCAUCACGUACCAGGGAAACUAGUGCAUUGUGCGAUGAAUAUGUAGAAAGGAAGCUGAACUUCAGCAUGGUUUUUAACGGAUCCUUAUCAUUGCAAAUAGGAAACACAACCUCAAAAUGUUACUUAAAUUAGUAUAAACGACGUCAAAGGAAAAGAAACUGAACUUUCUUCGCGUUUGCAUAGCCUGAAAUACGCACGAGAGAGUGUUGCUUAUUCUUACUAAAAAUGUCGUUUUUAUAAGCUAUAAACUAAGAGUUGUUUGGCGAAGAUUUUAAAAGUUUUAACCGUCGAAGAAAUGGGUAAAUAAGGUCAAAACCUGUAGAUCUUUAAGUUAAAAAAGUUUUUCAUAAUCGUGGCUUAACGUGUGCACAGUGUUUACGUGCUCUUAUGCAAACACUACCCUCGGCCAAAUAAGGUGGCCAAUCAAAGAAAGCGACGACACACUGACAGUUUCUUUAGUUCAUCACCACGUCAAAUGUUCCACAAUUGAAAAUUGCUCGUGAGUGCCUUAUGUUACACUUUCUUAUUAAUUUUUUCUAUUCAGGGAUCGCCGCUGGAAGUUUGAGAUUUGCAAAAUCACUAAACGCGUUGGAAAAUGAAGACGACUUUCAAGGGAGCAAGCAAGUCUCAGCAAAGAGAAAAUUUAAGAUUAAACGCUUAGUUAAACUGCCUGGUGAAGGUUAAGGUUUAAGGUUAAGGAAAGCUCUCACAUUUUUUUUAUUUAACUGAAAAUAUGUCUGUAUGGAGAUGGGAUAAUAAAUAAUUUAAAAGGCACUAUUGUUGUUAUGUUAAUGCCUUACUUUCAAAUUCGUUGAAUAAAUUCGAAUCAGCCUUUUUCAUCAGCUUAGCUCAAAACAGAGAGACGAGAAAGAGCAAAAAGCACUUCAAUCUUUUUUUUGGUAGUGAAAUGUAGGAAAACAGUAUGAAAAAAAAAAACGCGGGGUGGUUGCAGCUUGUAUUAAUAUGGCUGCGGGUUGGGUGAUAUAUGAGAACUGGAACAUGUCUUACACAAUAAAGUUUUUGUCUAGCAAACACAAAUUUAUGAGCAAAGGAUCAGGAAGUAAAUAUUUGUGAUGACCCGCCUACAUUUCGUAAUUUUCGAAAUUAGAGCCAAUUCUUCCUGAGUCACACACAUUGAUACAAAAAAGAAAACAAACAACAACAAAAACGAGUUCAAUGAACAGUUGUGCUUUCUUAUCCGACUUUGAACGUGAGUGAACUCUGAAUUGAUCGUGAGUAGCUUUGAGUUAAUGACACAUGUGAAGGUCACAUCAACUGAAAACAUUCAAGUGCAAGUAAGAAAGAUGGUCUGUUAAAAAUUCAUCCACAAAAACUUUUAACUUAGGGCGUGUUUACAUGGAGUGGGGGACCCCGGUCUAGUGGGGUUAGUUUCUUUUGUUUUCACGCUCUGGAGGACACAAAACAAAAGAAACCAACCCCACUAGACCGGGGUCCCCCACUCCAUGUAAACAGGGUCUUAUGAUGCCAUCCAAUCCCCUCCUUCUUCCGAUCCGUUCCCUUGGGGCUAGCACCUGAUUAGAUGUACAUUUUAGAUAUAUCACAAAAGCUUCGCAGUAACUUCCACUUAGAAGAACAGACUAGAAAAAAAUUGAUCCGCAAAGCUACGCUGAAAUUACAAUCUUGUGAAGCCUUAUUGAUUGACGCUAGACUUCGAACAGUCUAUCUUUUUCUUCCGAUUUAUAGCGAGGUGAGUGCAUGCGCACGUGAGUGUCGAGCGGCGAAGUGACAAGGCGCAAGACGCCAGAAACGAGGGCUGCAGACUGCUCGUAGUACAUUGACGCAGUGGCUCAAUUAGGAUUAAUCAAGAAAUCACAGUAUACUUUGUUAAAUGACAGAAAUAUAAUUGAGCCUUAUUUGCUUCUUGACCAAAGGAUACUUUGGUUAUCAUCUUUCACUAGCGCACGUAAGAGACAAAACUCAGUCAUAAAAAUUCCUUUUUGAGACGCUGCUUUCAAAUGUACUGCUUUUUGUUAAGCACACUUUGUAGCCAUCAAAGAGGGAUAAACUGAAUAAUUUCUUACGUUUCAAACUAAACCAUCUUAAAAGAUUUACCCUUGUUUUCUCCGGCCACUUCCGCUAGUUUCUGAGCAAGUGCGAUUCCAGUUGUGCUCCUUAGAACCAGCCUUCAGUUUGGAGGCAAGUAAAAGCUGCUUGUUAAUGUUUAUAAUGCCGUGAUUGCCGCUUUUUCGUCCCAAGACAGUCUUGGAUUCUGGAUUCCAUGCUGGAUUCCUGAUUCCUUGUCAGCGGAACUUGGAUUUCGGAUUCCAAUCGUUAUCGGGAUUCCGGAUCAGUCCAUGUGUUGAAUUACGGAUUCCAAAGCCAAGGAUUCCAGAUUCCACAAGCAAACAUUUCCAGGAUUCCACAAUUCCACAAGGCAAAAAUUUCCCACCUUUUGGAAUCCGGAUUUAUCUCUGAGGAAAACUAUGAAGGCUAGAAAUAGAACCCUUGCGGACGUACGCGUUAGAGUGAAAGAACGAGGCUAGGGGAGGAGUGGUAAGUGUUCCUUCCAAAUAUGUAACAAAAGAUGACAGUGUAUUAUAAAGUGAAAAGCUUUAGCAAUGCUUUUACUUCGUAUUCACUAAUAACGCGAUGAAAAAUGGUCUGACUUUGAACAAUUCUAUGAUACCAGAAUCUAAUAAGAUAAUCUUUGGAUUAAUGAUGAAUGUUGAGAUAUUUCUAAAUGCUCAGGACACAAAAGCUGUUUAGUGUCUCCAACCGUAUUUGGAUAUCUUUGUGCUAUAGUUUGUUUUAGUCUUUCUUGACAGUCGAAUUGUUAUGCAAAGUUGUACUACUCAAUUAUGCUUCGUGUAUUUUGGCACUUGAGGCGCUUGAGCUUUUUAAUUUCUUUUUUUCUGGUUGGCUACUUUAAAAAAAAGAAAUUUGUAUUUGCAAUUAUUUAGUGCAAAUUAAACAAAGUACCUUCCUGGUUUUUCAACGACCUUGGCUGGUACGGUGUUCUUCCAAAUCUUGAUUUCUUAAAAACGCGAUAAUUUUAGACGACAUUAUCGAGCCAUUAUUUGGUUAAAAUUUUGUCGUCUGUCAUUGAUUUAAAUACGCCAUAAGGUUUUUUGAAAAGGCUACACUGGCUAUGGUCGCAUAUGAAUACAAUUAUUGCUGCAGGCUCAACGCUCAAAGUAGAAGUCUGCUAUGGUGCUGCCUAAUUGAAUAAAAGAACUCGCGAGCAUUUCUUUUCCCGCCCUUUUUAUUAUUAAAUCUUAUUAAUUUUCGGCCUUCUUUCUAAUUAUUUUCACGAAAAUGCGGGAGCCAGGUUGGUAUUUCGCGAGUAAAAAUGUUUUUGAACCUUUUGAGAAGGUAAAGAACCAACGAGAGCGAACUAAAUUUAUUCUGCGAUUUUAGUAUUUCUCCAUUUUGACACAGUCAGCUUAGCCACUUAAUGAACAAAAAUUAAGAUCAGUCCAUAAAUUAAAGUUCAGAGGUAACAAAAAUUAGUCUUCAUUAACGACUCGUAAUCGCCUUCAUUGAAGCAGAACAAUAUAUAUCAAUCGUUUAAUUUUAUCAAGAAUAUAAUCAACUCCUCGCUUCUUUUUUUUCGUUAUUAACAUUUUAGGAGGACAACUUAACAAAUUAGGCCGUUUUAAUAAUAACUUCUGCAAUCACUCAAAUAGUUUGAACGAACUCAUAAAUUGGCCAUGGAAAUGCGAAAAACGAGUUGGCAACGUGACAUAAUACAACAAGUCCAUAUUUACUACUUUCAAUUAAUCAACAUAAGGGAAUAUUAAGAGAAAAAAAAAAGGUUUCUAAGGCUUAUGUAUCGGUCAAAUCAAAGCUUCAACAUGCCACUCCCCCCCCCUCCCCGGGCAUACCCCGGGCAUUUGACACCUUUGCUGUCCCGGGGAGGAGGGAAUUUGAUUAUCAGAGUCUUCCAGGGGGUGGGGAAUUUGAACUGCACCCUCGAUUUCAUGUGAAAUCUCUGGCGUGUCGAGCUAUCAUGGGGGACGCGGUGUUAGAGGAUUUUCGUGGAAAAGAUUGUGCCUUUGCCUUGGCCAAUUGGUUACGAGGAGAGGGCUUAAACAAGCUUUGUGCCGUGUUUGAAGGUAUUUAAAUUUUAAUAUUUUUAAUAUCGGAUUCAGGCUUUGAAUGUAUGAAUGUAAUAAGUUGUGUUUACAAUGAAAUACAAUGCCUAUACCGGCGAAACCUGCCGCAUGUAUGUCAAUUCAUGAUAAGGUGAGCGAUGAUGAAUGUUAGUGAAAUGGUCAUGAUGUAGUNGUUACGAGGAGAGGGCUUAAACAAGCUUUGUGCCGUGUUUGAAGGUAUUUAAAUUUUAAUAUUUUUAAUAUCGGAUUCAGGCUUUGAAUGUAUGAAUGUAAUAAGUUGUGUUUACAAUGAAAUACAAUGCCUAUACCGGCGAAACCUGCCGCAUGUAUGUCAAUUCAUGAUAAGGUGAGCGAUGAUGAAUGUUAGUGAAAUGGUCAUGAUGUAGUAAUCUCAAUAGGUGGGAGUUGCAUGACACACGAAGAAAGGCUGAGCAUUCAGUGACCUUGUAGCAGCGAUUUCCGUCGCUUUCGUAGUAAAUACGCUAGCAGUGUUUCUCAGUUUUUGAAUGCGAAUUAUUUGCUGUAUUUAUAAAGAUUUUGUUCGACAACUGAAGGCGUUUCUGCCGUGCUUCUGUCAUUUAUGUGUCUGUGAAAGGUCCCCGGAGUGGGGGCAUUUGAUCACCUGAAUGGACCCUAGUGUGGGGCAUUUGAACAGCAUUUAGGCCCGGGUAGGGGGGAAUUUGAACAAUAAUUUUCGAAAAAGUCAAAUGCCCGGGGGGUUGCCCGGGAGGGGGAUGUUGAAGCUUCGAUUUGACCGAUAAAAUGAACUGUUUGUAAAAAGAGAAAGAGAACUACUAGCGAAAAAUUCCAGCUUUUAGUUAAAUCUUUUCUUAUGGUUUAAAAUAAACUAUUCCCGAAACUGAGGCCUGGUUCAGACGCCGUACUUUUCAUGUGCCGAACCUAACUGAAUAAGUUCGACUUUGAGCAACACUGGCGCGACAUCUGUUUCAGACGGCGUACCGUGUGUCGAACCUAAGUUAACGCUUUUGCCUCACCAAACUAAAACUGCCAUACCAAAUUGAUUCACACGCCGCUCUUUUGCCGUACUUAAUUCAUCAGUUAGGUUCGGCACAUGAGUGGAGCGGCGUCUGAACCGGGCCUGAGAAUGUUUUACGAUCAAAGCUGUGUAAAUCGAACUGAAACCGAGUGCAAGGAACCUUUCGUUUCCUGUUUUUACUCUCACCUAUUGUAUUAGCCUCCCACGCACGCAGGCGUUUUUUGCACAGCUCGCUUUCAUAAACGCCUGCGUGGGAGGCUAUUAUUGUAUAGAAUAUGUGUGAAAAUCUUCAUUAUGAAUUGGUAUAUUUCAAAGAGCUAAACAAGAGCACACAACGACCAAGAAUACAACUGACCGAAAAUAUACAGAGCAGGGGCAGCUGAAGUGUCAACUAUUACCAGCUUAUUAAAAAACUAUAAUUAGUUAUCUGAUACUUAACAGAGUCGACCGUUAUGUCUUGUUAAAUCUGCGGUCGACUCCCGAUAACUCGAACUCUCGCUAACUCGAACCAAAAUCGAUUUCCGCGGAUUUCCUUCGUGCAUUUACUAUAAUUUAACCCUCGGUAACACAAACCCUCGAUAACUCGAACCUCCCGUUAACUCGAAGUAAUUUUCGUUUCCCUUUAGAUCAAUAAUAUAUGUUAUAAAUUUACCCCAGCUCCACAACUCGAACAAUGCUUUAAGCGCCUGACAAGUCGGGAAAAACGUGUAUUGCAGUCCGACAAAUUGAAAUUAUUUUUGUCUUACAGUCUUUCCUUUUUUUUCAGUCCAUUUCAAUUAAUGCAGUGUCCAACAGUGCGUAUUUAUAAAGCUUUGAAGUGUGCAUUUUCCAUUCAUUCCCCAUCUCAUUCAGUAUUUGCAGUUGUUAAUGGUCCGAACUGCCGAAAACUCGAACUUCUGCUAACUGGAACUUUUUUCGAUUUCCCUAGAAGGUUCGGGUUAAUUAUCGGGAGUCGCCUGUUUUGUUUUUUUUCUUUUCAUCUCGUUAUACUUCGAUUAUACUAAUAAGAUGUUCCAAAUAGGCUUCCUACUUUUUGGCACCUGGGGCAGGUUCACAACUCCUGGUUCAUCGACAUGAAGUGCAGUAAAGCGUGUUAAAACUUGGGAGAUAAGAGCGUUUUCCCACACUUUUAUUUCGGUACAAAAAGUGUAAUAAUUCUACAGCGUAACUGCAAAUUAAUAAAGAGAAUCAAAUAUCUUUUGUCAUUGAACACAUGCUGAGGCAUUACGCUCUUUUUAUAUAUCCACGAAAAGAAUAAAAGGAUCCUGACAACCCGACGAGCGAAAAUAACAGUAUCAUGUGAUAUUCAUGCAAGACAAAGUUGUUUCGUAUUUCUGUUUUAUAUGGUUCAGUUGAGAAAUAAAAUUGCUAUGCGAAGGAAAAUUCCAAUGAUGACGAAACAUUGGUUCAGUUGAUCUGAAAUAUGUGAAAAGAAAAGACUUUUUUGGAUUAUGUGUUUCAUUUUCUUUUGUAAAUUAUUCCGUUUUAAAAGAAACAAACUGAAGGUCAAAGCAAUUCUUUUCAGUUCUCGGCAGUUCAUUCAAUGAAGAAUUUGGGUUUAUAAUUCGCUUUUUUUAAAAAUUUUUUAAGUACCCGGCGACACUAAAAGGCAAAACAUCUUUUAACAAGUAACCCAUAGAUUUUUCAUAAAACGAAAAUAAUUUCGUCAGCCGUAUUUACAAACAAAAUUUAUUCUGGCGUUUUCUGAGGACAGCAGUCGACUUUUCUUUUAGUCUUAUCCUUCAUUUCAAUGAGNAUAUUCAUGCAAGACAAAGUUGUUUCGUAUUUCUGUUUUAUAUGGUUCAGUUUAGAAAUAAAAUUGCUAUGCGAAGGAAAAUUCCAAUGAUGACGAAACAUUGGUUCAGUUGAUCUGAAAUAUGUGAAAAGAAAAGACUUUUUUGGAUUAUGUGUUUCAUUUUCUUUUGUAAAUUAUUCCGUUUUAAAAGAAACAAACUGAAGGUCAAAGCAAUUCUUUUCAGUUCUCGGCAGUUCAUUCAAUGAAGAAUUUGGGUUUAUAAUUCGCUUUUUUUAAAAAUUUUUUAAGUACCCGGCGACACUAAAAGGCAAAACAUCUUUUAACAAGUAACCCAUAGAUUUUUCAUAAAACGAAAAUAAUUUCGUCAGCCGUAUUUACAAACAAAAUUUAUUCUGGCGUUUUCUGAGGACAGCAGUCGACUUUUCUUUUAGUCUUAUCCUUCAUUUCAAUGAGGGUGAUCAUCUACAGCUGCAAACAUGUUUGAAUUUGGGAAAGUGAAAUAUUUGGAAAACAGAACGCUAAUACCUGCGAAGAAGAAAUGAUUUGUUAGGGUAGCAACUUAAAUCUGAGCCUCACUAUCAAGGAAAACCGAGGAACUAACAAAGAAAAAAAACAUUAUUUAUAAAUUCAAGCCUCUGCUUAACUAAUAUUAUUUUUUAUAUAGUUCCCUGUUGCACGAUUUGUUUAACUCCUUGUGGCUGCCUGUCUGCAAUAAAAUUAUGUUGAGAACAGUGUCUGUGAUAGUCAUCGUCUACUAAUGAGCUCCUGAGACAAGCAAAAAAUUAGUUGUCUGAAGAAAGCGAGACAUCCAUCAAGUCGAUCAUCAAGGGAGAUCGACGUAAAGCUAGAGAUGCUGCAAACGAGUAAUUUUGACCACGUUUAGAAUUAGGAUGAUUUGUUUUCCUUUCAAACGUGUUUUCAACUUCUGGCCAAAAAAUAGUCUUACGUAAGAAUAUUAACCCUUAGGAACGUGAACGGACCGGUCUUCUAGAAAUUUGUAGCUGCCCUCAAGCAAUAGAAAAUUCUAGGCAAUAUUCGCUUCUCAGAGGAAUCAGAAACUCAUAGUAGUUGGGUGCCCCUGUAGAAAGUGAAAAGAUCAAGAUGAAAAUUGGGUUGACUUUGAACGAUUCUAUGAAUCGGAAUUUGAUAAGAUUAUCUUUGGUUUUCUGAUGAAUGUUGAGAUAUUUAUAAAUGCUCUAGACACCGUAAGCUAUUUAGUCUCCACCGUAUUUGGAUAUCUUCGUGCUGUAGAAUACGGUUUUGUUCUUUCUUAAGACUGUCGAAUUGUUAUUCAAAGUUGUACUGUUCAGCUUCCUGCAUUUUGGCACUUGACAAAAAUAAUGAGGAUAUUCAUUAAAAAAACAAACUCGGUGAUCGAAUGAUAGAACAAUUAUUGAUCUCGGCUAUCGCAAGAUAUCGUGAUUUGUCAGUGUCUCGCAGAUCAUUAUUUGCCUCAGCCUUCGGCUUCGGCAAAUACUUGAUCUGCUCACCACAGACAAAUCACGAUAUUUUGCUCAACCUCGUCCAAUAAUUGUUAGUUUUUUUUUUUUUCUCAGGAAAAGAUUAGGUGAUUUUCUAUCUACUACGCUUUGUGCACACAAACUCUAUCUGCUGGAAAUCCUUUAUUGAAAUCACACAAUGUUGAUAUUUUACUUAAUGGCUCAAAAUGUGAGUUUGGGCUGCCUACAAGAGUGGAUGAAGAAUAUAAGUGUCUAAUAUUUAAAUACAUAUUUGACCCACACUGGGCCAAAAAUACAGUAAUAAAUUACUUUUAUUAUGACAACGAUCAAUGUGCAUUUUAUUUUACUUUCUUGUGAUACAUAUUUUUUGGGUUCCAGUAUCAUGUGACCUAAGAUAAUCAUGCAGAGCUUCAGGGUUAACUAAACAUCUUGCAGUUAAUUUUAAAUUAGUAAAACAAUUAUCAUUUUCCUAAAGGAAGCUAGCAUUACUUAUUUUGACCACUCAAUGUACAUGUAACCGAUUUUUUAUGUCAAAAUAGCUGUUUAUUAUUGGAUAUUAUAACAGUCAGAUAACUAUUUGUUUUCCUUUAUUUUAACUGUUGCGAAAAGUUAUUUGACCACUCAAUCUUUUGUCCUAUUUCAAACGUCAAAACAACUGCUGAUCAUUUAGGAGCGACCAAAAUCAAAUAUUUGAAGAUUUUAAACAUUUGCUCAAAGGCUAAAUGCAGACUCUCACCAUUUGAAUUGUGUAACCAUUUGGUUUCGUUUAUUUUAACUGCCUUGAAACGUUAUCUUGACUACCAUGAGGAUUUAACCUAUAUUUUAAACGUCAAAACAACUGCUCAUUAUUGGUUAAUAUAACCAAUAAGAAUAAGGUUAGUUAUGGAUUUUAACUAAUUUUUAAAAGUUUAUCUUAACCUAUUGAAACUAGUUAUAACCUUAAUUAUAAAAAGGUUACUACAACUGGUUAGUUUUUACAGUGUAUUUGGAUAUCUUUGUACUGUAGAAUGUUUUGUUCUUUCUUAAGAUUGUCGAAUUGUUAUGCAAAGUUGUACUAUUCAGCUUCCUGCAUUUUGGCACUUGACAAUGACUUGAGGCACUUGAGGUUUGUUUGGCGACAUAAAGAAGAAGAAAUUUAUAUUUGCAAUUAUUUAGUGCAAAUUAAACGACGUACCUUCCUGGUGACCCUGUUUAUUAAACGACCAGAUGGCUGGUAAGUGUUGUUACAAAUCUUCAUUACUAAAAAAGGUGAUAGUUUUAGAUGACAGUAGCGAGCUGUUAUUUGGUUAAAAUUUUGUCAUCUGUCAUUGAUUUGAAUACGUCAUAAGCACAUAAGGUUUUUUGGAAAGGCUACGCUGGGUACCAGUCACAUAUGAACACAACCAUUGCUGUAGGCUCAACGCUCAACGCUCCGAGAUUUAACUAACGUUGUUUAGUUGAGGCCGUGGUCAGCUAUCAGGUGCUGCCUUAUUGAAUAAAGGAACUCAAUGAUCAUUUCUUUUCCGGCGCCCUGUUUUUAUUAUUCUUAUCAACUUUCACCCUUAUUAUUUUCACGAAAAUGCGUAAGCCAUGUCGGUAUUUCGCGAGUAAUAUUUUUUUUAAUCUUUCAUAUGAAGGUAAAAGAACAAGAGCGAAUUAAAUUUAUUUUGCGGUUUUGAUAUUUCUCCUGAUUUUGACACAGUCAGCUUCUUGGCCACAUGAACAAGAUCAGUCCAUAAAGUUCCGAGGCUUAAUCAGGGGCACCCAACGACAAUUUUCGGAAAAAUAUCUGUUCGGAAGACGAUUUGAGAUCUAGAAUUUUCGGAACAUUUGUUGUAAAAUUUCUUGCUUGCCUGCUUCUCCUAGGAUUUUCGAACAUCUAAAAUAUGGUAUAAAUGCCUGUUUUUAACGGAUUUUUACCCUAAAAAGGUCACCUAGAAUUUUCGGGAGCCUUUUUUCUGGCCGAAAUUUUCGAAAAGGUAAGUUUUGAUCGCUAUAGUUUUCGGAUCACUAGACUUUCAGCUAGGAAAUCCGAACAGAUGAAAAAUUUUUAGGGGAUAAAAAUAUGCCUAUAUCUACCGUUUAAAUACCAAAAUACGUUUAAUGAUGCUAUGUUUUAGCGGUUUUGAACUAAAUUCUCGUUGGGUGCCCCUGCUUAAUCUUCAUUUAACGACUCGCAAUCGCCUUCAUUGAAACAGAACAGUAUCAAUCGUUGAAUUUUAUCAAGAAUAUUAUCAACCCCUUGCAUUUUUUUCGUUAUUGACAACGUAGCAAAUUAGGCCGUUUUAAUAAUAACUUCUGCAAUCAGCACGUUGUUUGAACGAACGCAUAAAUUGGCCAUGGGAAUGCGAAAAACGAAUUGGCAAUGGGACAUAAUACAUCAAGUCCAUGUUAACUACUUUCAAUUAAGAACAUAGGGGAAUAUUAAGCCAAAAAAAAAAGGGUUACUCGUCGACUAGCUUUGGAUUUUGAACCCUUGCUAUCGGAAUUCAAUACGGUCCCUUUAUUUAUUACUUAUUAAUAAUAAACUAUAACAAGAGCCAUAACGCUUUUGACUACAAUUAGUUAUCUACAUACAAAACAGAGUCGACUGUUAUGACUAUAUUCAUGUCUGCGGUCGACUCCUGAUAACUCGAACCCACGCUAACUUGAGCCAAAAUCGAUUUCCCCUAGAUACCCUACUUUCGAUCGGUAACACAAGCCUUCGAUAACUCGAACCUCCCGUUAACUCGAAGUAAUUUUCGUUUCCCUUCAGAUCAUUUCUAUAUAUAUUGUAAAUUUACCCCAGCUCGAUACCCUGGUUAAUAAAAGACCUUGGCUCAAAGCUCCGAGAUUUAACUAACGUUGUUUAGUUAAGGCCGUGGUCUGCUAUCAGAUGCUGCCUUAUUGAAUAUAUAAAGGAACUCAAUGGUCAUUUCUUUUCCUCCCUGUUUUUAUUAUUCUUAUCAACUUUCACCCUUAUUAUUUUCAGGAAAAUGCGAAAGCCAUGUCGGUAUUUCGCGAGUAAAAUUUUUUUUAAUCUUUCAUAUGAAGGUAAAGAACAAGAGCGAAUUAAAUUUAUUUCGCGAUUUUGGUAUUCAUGUUUCUCCUGAUUUUGACACAGUCAGCUUCUUGGCCACAUCAUGUGAAUAAGAUCAGUCCAUAAAGUUCAGAGGUUUAGUCUUCAUGUAACGACUCGCAAUCGUCUUCGCCGAAACAGAACAGCAUCAAUCGUUGAAUUUUAUCAAGAAUAUUAUCAGCUCCUUGCUUUUUUUCGUUAUUGGCAACGUAGCCAAUUAGGCCGUUUUAAUAAUAACUUUUGCAAUCAGCACGUUGUUUGUACGAACGCAUAAAUUGGCCAUGGGAAUGCAAAAAAUGAAUUGGCAAUACAACAAGUCCAAUUGUUAACUACUUUCAAUUAAGAACAUAAGGGAAUAUUAAGCCAAAAAAAACAAAAGGUUACUCGUCGACUAGCUUUGGAUUUUGAGCCCUUGCUAUCGGAAUUCAAUACCUUUAUUUAUUACUUAUUAAUAAUAAACUAUAACAAGAGCCAUAAUGCUCUUAUCUACAUAUAAAACAGAGUCGACUGUUAUGACUAUAUUCAUGUCUGCGGUCGACUCCUGAUAACUCGAACCCACGCUAACUUGAGCCAAAAUCAAUUUCCCCUGGAUACCCUUGCUACAUUUACUAGAAUUUUACUCUCGAUUGGUAACACAAACCCUCGUUAACUCGAACCUCCCGUUAACUCGAAGUAAUUUUCGUUUCCCUUCAGAUCAUUUCUAUAUGUGUUAUCAAUUUACCCCAGCUCGAUAACUCGAACCAUGCUUUAAGCGCCCGACAAGUCGGGAAAACCGUGUAUUGCAGUCCGACAAAUUGAAAUUAUUUUUGUCUUAUAAGUCUUUCCUUUUUUUCAGUCCAGUUUAAUUAAUACAGCGUCCAACACUGUGUAUUUAUCAAGCUUUGAAGUGUGCAUUUUUCAUUAAUUCGCUAUCCCAUUCAGUAUUUCCAGUUGUUUGGUCCGAACUCCCGAAAACUCGAACUCUUGCUAACUGGAACUUUUUUCAAUUUCCUAGAAGGUUCGAGUUAAUUAUCGGGAGUCACCUGCAUUGCUUUUUUUUUCAUCUUGUUACUGACUAAUAAGAUGUUCCGAAAUAGGCUUCCUGCUUUUUGGCACCUGGGGCAGUUUCACAACUCCUCAGGUUGUCGACAUGAAGUGCAGUAAAGCGUGUUAAAACUUGGGAGAUAAGAGCGUUUUCCCACACUUUUAUUUCGGUACAAAAAGUGUAAUAAUUCUACAGCGUAACUGCAAAUUAAUAAAGAGAAUCAAAGAUCUUUUGUCAUCGAACACAUGCUGAGGCAUUACGCUCCUUUUAUAUAUCCACGAAAAGAAUAAAAGGAUCCUGACAACCCGACGAGCGAAAAUAACAGUAUCAUGUGAUAUUCAUGCAAGACAAAGUUGUUUCGUAUUUCUGUUUUAUAUGGUUCAGUGUAGAAAUAAAAUUGCUUAGCGAAGGAAAAUUCUAAUGAUGAUGAAACAUUGGUUCAGUUGAUCUGAAACAUGUGGAAAGAAAAGACUUUCUUGUUUCAUUUUCUUUUAUAAAUUAUUCCGUUUUAAAAGAAACAAACUGAAGGUCAAAGCAAUUCUUUUCAGUUCUCGGCAAUUCAUUCAAUGAAGAAUUUGGGUUUAUAAUUCGCUUUUUUAGGGUUUAUAAUUGGCUUCUUAAAAAAUUUUGAAACUGCCCGGCAACAUUAAACGGCAAAACAUCUUUAAACAAGUAGCCCAUAGAUUUUUCAUAAAACGAAAAUAAUUUCGUCAGCCGUAUUUACAAAAAAAAUUUAUUGUGGCGUUUUCUGAGGACUCGACUUUUCCCUUAGUCUUAUCCAUUCAUUUCAGUGUGGAUGAUCUACGGCUGUAAACAAGUUUGAAUUUGGAAAAAGUGAAAUGUUUAGAAAACAGAACGCUUAUACCUGCGAAGAAGAAAUGAUUUGUUAGGGCAGUAACUUAAAUAUGAGCCUCACUAUCAAAGAAAACCGUGGAAGUAACAAAAAAAAAACACCAUUUAUAAAUUCAAGCCGCCGCUUAAUUAAUAUUAUUUUUUAUAUAGUUCCCUGUUGCACGAUUUUUUUAACUCCUUGUGGCUGCCUGUCUGCAAUAAAAUAUGUUGAAAACAGUGUCUGUGAUAGUCAUCGUGUACUAAUGAGCUGCUGAGUCGAGCAAUAAAUUAGUUGUCUGAAGAAAGCGGGGCAUCCAUCUAGUCUAUCAUCAAAGGAGAUCGACGUAAAGCGAGAGAUGCUGCAAACGAGUAAUUUUGACCAUGUUUUAAGAAUUAAGAAGAUUUGUUUUCCUUUCAAACGUGUUUUGAACUUCUGGCCAAAAAAUAGUCUUACGUAAGAAUAUUUAUAUUUAUUUAUGUUCACAUCAAGCUAUGAAAUACGGAAGACUUCCGGAUUCCUUGAGCUGAAUUUCGGAUUGCAAAGCUCGCAGGAUUGCGUAUUCCACAAGCAAAAAAAAUUUCGUUGAUUUACCAUACAUGAGGUGAAUCUUUGACUAUGCCUCUGAGGAAAAUUAGAAGACUACAGAUAUUUAACCCUCGGGAACAUGAACGGAACGGUCUUCUAGAAAUUUGUAGCUGCCCUCAAGCAAUAGAAAAUUCUAGGCGAUAUUCGCUUCUUCGAGGAAUCAGAAACUCAUAGUCGUUGGGUGCCCCUGUAUAAAGUGAAAAGCUUUCUCAACGCUUUUGUAUUCACAAAAAUCAAGAUGAAAAUUGGGUUGACUUUGAACAAUUCUAUGAAUCUGAAUUUGAAAAGAUUAUUUUUGGUUUUCUGAUGAAUGUUGAGAUAUUUAUAAGUGCUCUAGAGACCGUAAGCUGUUUAGUCUCCAACCGUAUCUGGAUAUCUUUGUGCUGUAGAAUAGACCUUGUCACGGUUUUCGACGCCAUCUUGACGAGUAGGCAAACGCGCGAGAAAUUACAGUGAUUGUAUGAGAAUCUGAUGUCGAAUGAUUUCCGUAGAACACUCACUCUGCUGUUCUGAAAAAAAUAUGAUUUGUAAACUAAAGCUUCACUGCUAAGGAUUCUCUUUAAAAUAAUUUAAGGCGUUACAUGCACUAGAAGACCUAGAACCACUUUUUUUAAUUUUCUAUACAUUUGUCUGUAAGAAAGUCCCGGGAAAAUUACAGACAAAUAUAUGGAAAAUCUAAAGCAAGCCUCUGGAGAAAUUCAAGCACAGGUACGCCCCCAAAUUUUUUAGGAUAAUCCUUUGCUUUGUAGCUUUAGUUUACAAUUGAUAUUUUUUUCAGAACAGCCGUUUUACGGAAAUUAUUCGACAUUAGAUUCUCAUACAAACACUGUAAUUUCUCACGCGUUUGCCUACUCGUCAACAUGGCGUCGAAAACCGUGACAAGGUCUAUGUUUUGUUCUUUCUUAAGACUGUCGAAUUGUUAUAGCUUGUUAUGCAAAGUUGUACUAUGCAGCUUCCCUGCAUUUUGGCACUUGACAAUGACUUGAGGCACUUGAGUUUUUUUUUGUUUUGUUUUCUUUGGCGACAUAAAGAAGAUGAGAAAUUUGUAUUUGCAAUUAUUUAGUGUAAAUUAAACAAAGUGCCUUCCUGGUGACCCUGGUUAUUAAACGACCAGAUGGCUGGUAAGUGUUCUUACAAAUCUUCAUUACUAAAAAACGUGAUAGUUUUAGAUGACAGUAUCGAGCUAUUAUUUGGUUAAAAUUUUGUCAUCUGUCAUUGAUUUGAAUACGCCAUAAGGUUUUUUGAAAAGACUACGCUGGGUAUGGUUGCAUAUGAACACAUUAAACCAUUGCUGUAGACUCAACGCUCAACGCUCCGAGAUUUAACUAACGUUGUUUAGUCGAGGUCUGCUAUGGUGCUGCCUUAACUGAAUAAAAGAACUCAAUGAUCUUUUCUUUUCCAGCCCUUUUUUUAUUAUUCUUAUCAACUCUUGCCCUUAUUUUCACGAAAAUGCGGAAGCCUUGUCGGUAUUUCGCGAGUAAAAUGUUUUUUAAUCUUUCAUAUGAAGGUAAAGAACCAGAGCGAAUUAAAUUUACUUUGCGAUUUUCGUAUUUCUACAUUUUGACACAGUCAGCUUGGCCACAUGAAAGAGAUCAGUCCAUAAAGUUUAGAGGUUUCAUGAUGUUUGGUCUUCAUCUAACGACUCGCAAUUGCCUUCAUUGAAACAGAACAGUAUCAAUCGUUGAAUUUUAUUAAGAAUAUUAUCAACUCCUUACUUCUUUUUUCUCGUUAUUGACAACUUAGCAAAUUAGGCCGUUUUAAUAAUAACUUCUGCAAUCAGCACGUUGUUUGAACGAAUGUAUAAAUUGGCCAUGGGAAUGCGAAAAACGAAUUGGCAAUGUGAAAUCAUACAACAAGUCCAUUACUUUCUAUUCUUUACUUUCAAUUAAUCAACAUAAGGGAAUAUUAAGCGAAAAAACAAAAAGGGCUACUUAAGUCGGCUAGCUUUGGAUCUAGUAUAUCGUAUGGACUUGUAAUAAUCAGGAAUAAUCAUCAUGAUUUUUGAACCCUUGCUAUCGAAAUUCAAUACCUUUAUUUAUUACUUAAUAAACUAUAACUAGUUAUCUACAUACAAAACAGAGUCGACUGUUAUGACUGUACUGUGUUCAUGUCGACUUGUUAAAUCUGCGGUCGACUUACGAUAACUCGAACCUUCGCUAACUCGAACCAAAAUCGAUUUCCCCUGGAUUUCCUUCCUUCCUACAUUUACUAGGAUUUUACUCUAGAUCGGUAACACAAACCCUCGAUAUCUCGAACCUCCCGUUAACUCGAAGUAGUUUUCGUUUCCCUUCAGAUCAAUUCUAUCAUAUGUUAUAAAUAUACCCCAUCGAACCAUGCUUUAAGCGCCUGAAAAGUAGGCAAAAAGUGUAAAGCAGUCCGGAAAAUUGAAAUUAUUUUUGUCUUAGCUUUACUUUUUUUUUCAGUCCAGUUUAAAUACAGCGUCCAACACUGUGUAUUUAUCAAUCUUUGAAGUGGCAUUUUUCAUAAUUUAUUCCCCAUGCUAUUUCCAUAUUUCCAGUUGUUUGCUCCGUCAACUCCUAAUUCCUCGAACUCUCGCUAACUUGAACUUUUUUCGAUCUCCCUAGAAGGUUCGAGUUAUCGUAAGUCGCCUGUAUUGCAGCUCUUUUUUUAUUUUCAUCUCGUUAUACUAAUAAGAUCUUCCGAAACAGGCUUCCUGAUUUUUGGCACCUGACGCAGUUUCACAACUCCUCAGGUUGUCGACAUGAAGUGGAAUGAUGGGUGUGUAAACUUGGCGGUAAAAGCGUUUUCCCACUCUUUUAUUUCGGUACAAAAAGUAUAAUUCUACAGCAUAACCGCAAAUGAAAAAUGCUAAAGAUCUUUUUUGGUUAUUGAACACAGACAUUACGCUCUUUUUAUAUAUCCACGAAAAGAAUAAAAUGAUCCUGACCGCCCGACGAAUGAAAGUAGCACUAAUAUCAUUGUGAUAUUCAUGUAAGACCAAGUUGUUUUGUAUUUCUGUUAUAUAUGGUUCAGUUUUUGGAAAUAAUAUUGCUAAGCGAUUAGGAAAAUCCUAAUGACAAUGAAACAUUGGUUCAGUUGAUCUCAAACAUGUGAAAAGAAAAGACCUUGGAUUUUGUGUUUCAUUUUCUUUUGUAAAAUAUUCCGUUUUAAUUAAGAAACAAACUGAAGGCCAAAGCAAUUCUUUUCAGUUCAUUCAAUGAAGAAUUUGGGUUUAUAAUUCGCUUUUAAAUUUUGUAACGGCUCGGCAACAUUAAAAGGCAAAAUAUCUUUAAACAAGUAACCCAUAGAGUUUUCAUAAAACGAAAAUAAUUUCGUCAGCCGUAUUUACAAAGAAAAUUUCUCCUGGCGUUUUUAGGACUCGACUUUUCUCUUAGGGUUGAUUCCUAGUGUCGCGUAAUUUUUUACGUGUGUACGUGCGUAAAAUUUACGUUCGCAAAUAAAAUAGAGGCAAUUUAAGCACAGCACUUUUUAUCUUGCCUCUGCUUUAUUUACGUGAUUAAAAUUUAGUAUACGCGCGUUAACGUGCGUAGCCAAAAACGCGUCAGUGGAAUCAACCUUUAAUCUUAUCCAUUCACUUGAGGGUGAUCUACAGUUCUAAACAAGUGUUUGAAUUUGGAGAAGUCAAUUAUUUGGAAAACAGAAGAACAAUACCUGCGAAGAAGAAAUGAUUAGUAAGGGUAGUAACUCAAAACUGAGCCUCACUAUCAAGGAAAACCGACUCAAUAUUAUCCCGGCCACAUCGAUUUAAUCAUGAGGAAGUAACAUAAGAACAUUUCAAGCCGCAACUUAAAUUUUACUUCCCUGUUGUACGACUAUUUUUUUUGUACUCCUUGCGGCUGCCUGUCUCCAAUAAUAUGUAGUAAAAACAAUGUCUAUGAUAGUCAUCCUAUCGUCUACUAAUGAGUUGCCGAGUCGAGAAAUAAAUUUGUUGUCUGAGGAAAGCGAGGCAUCCAUGAAACUCGAUCAUAAAAGGCCAAGACGUAAGGCAACUUGGAAGUAAAAUGAGGAAAAGGGUAAGGAGGGGUUGGAGGAUUUUUGGUGUAAGUGGGGCGGGUGUGUGCGCGGUGGGGGGGGGGGGGGGGGGAGAUGCUCUGCAAACACGUAAUUUUGACCAUGUUUUUGUUCAACGUCCUGUAACAUUUAUAAGCAUUUGUUUUUUCUUUCAAACGUGUUUUGAACUUGUGGCCAUAAAAUAGUCUUACGUAAGAAUGUCUAUAUUAAUAUACACACAUCAGACUAUAAAAUACGGAAGACUUCUGCGUUUUCUAUCACUAUUUAGCAACAAAACUCUCUUAAUUGUUGUUCAAGCUAAAGAUUUUUUGUGCCAAGGCCUUAGUUAUUGCGCUGAAGGUGAGUCCCUGCUGUUCGGCGGCCGUUUCUAAAGUCUAGAUACACAUAAGUUUCGCUCGUCUACGCUGCACUUUAUUUAUUGUGGCGAUUUUAUGCCGUACUUUGUUGUUGUGAAAAUUGCUGUAAGGUUGUUUCAAGCCAAAUUUUGAUACUCAAUUAAUUGUCAUCUAAUUUGGCGGAUACUGUUUACAUCAAAUGACCUGAUUCCCUGGGUUAACCUUUCCAUAAAGGCAAGAGAGAAUGAGACAGAUUAUUUUUUUCUUGAUAAAGCUUAGAAUAUCGUAUCCUCAAGACAUCGUAGCAAAUCGCGCAAAAAACAAAAAGUUAGAGUCGCCCUUUACAUCUCUCAGAUAACGCGAAUGUAAUACAAAUAUAAAUGAUCAGCUACAAAGCUAGUAAGGAAGUAAUGCACUGCAAACUUGUCUCCAACUUGUUUCUGUUAAUAGUAUAAAAUAAUGAGACAAUCGGCGGAAAUAUUGUGAUUCAUUGAAUAAAGGCGUAUUGUGAUUCAUUGAAUAAAUACAGAUCAUGAAUGUGCCCUCUGUUUCACAACCAACUGGUCAGGUCCGGAGUAGCUCGAGAUUCCUUGAUCAAGAUAUUUUUGGCCGGUUCUUUCUGUUCAACUUAAUUACUAUAGGAGGUGAAUAAAUGACUUGAUUUACGGUCAAAUAAUUAUUUGGUCAAAAUGAUGUUUUGUCUUACUGGAUAUAUAUCAGUGACUAAAAGCUGGUUAGGUAAAAUUUUAUCCUGAUAUAACAAAUAUUUUUGGUAGCUUUUGGUAGCGCGCAAUGAUCAUAAAACUCUAAUGUCUGUAUAUAUUGCUAAGUUCAUUCAUCCAAGUCAUUUUGUCCGUGUGAUACUAACGGAAAUUAAAAUCGUAACUAAAUCGUUAGGGACGGACCAUCAGCACUGUUAUGGGGUGGGGGGUAGGAAUUUUCGAGUUGCAUGAAUUUGAAGUGAUUAUUAUGAUUUCCCUUGCAUAAACUUUUUUUAGGCCAGCGCAGGAAUAUUUUUAAGAACCACUAAGCGUGUAUGAUCCUUUUCUUUUUUCAUAAGAUUUCCCCUUGCGAGAACAUCUUUUUGGUACUCUACCCCCACUUUCUUGUAAAAACUUUUCAAAUGGUCUGUCCCUUUUUUAUUAAUAAAAGUUAAACCCUGACAGUUUUCAUUCUAUAAGGAAAUGAAGACAAAGAAGACAACUUUUUAGAGAUUAGCAGCAAAAAGGUGGUUUUCUCUUUCCUUAAGCUCAUUCUCUCUUGCCAAUCUAGAGACGACCAUGGAUGGAAACAAAAUGGCGAAAUUUCUGUUGUUGCUGAUAGCUGUUGACCUGCUGCUGUUUUCGUCGACUGAGGGUCUAUGGUCUCGACGUCGUCGAAGAUAUCGUCGUAGGUACUGCUCUUCGUCCAGGCCAAGUGGAGUUGCAUGGAAGAACAACUGGCACGGUUCCUUGUACUUCAAAUGCCCAGCCAGUACGCCAAUUGAUACUUUUAUAUAGAAUCACUAAAAGGCGAUCUUUUCUAUCAACCUUGUCCCCAGGGCUUUCCCCUUCAUUUUUUUAAGGGAAAAGCCCUGUGGACGAGGUUGCCUUUCUGUAACGUUGCCUUCCUGUAAAGAUUCAAUUCACUCGCGUUUACCACAUGUAAUACAGAUACCCCGAAGCGUUUGUCACAACUUUUAAACUGAAUUCCUGCACACAGGGGCGUAGCUGGGACUGGGGGGGGGGGUCUCAGUUUCGAGAAUGGUUUCUUCUAAAUCAUAAGAAAAGAUUUAAUUAGAAGUUGAAUUUUUCGCUAUUUCUCUUUCACCUUUUACAUACAGUUCAUUUUAUUUUCCGGAAAGUAAGCCUUAGAGAUUAAGAGGACGUUUGAUCAAUUCACGCUCGCGGACAAAGUAAAUUGGACAAAGUAAUGGAUCAUAUAACUUUAAAUUAUGUUUUGGCAAACUGACACACACAUUUGUUGGUACACAGUAAUUAACGCAUUCUCCUGACUGAAUAAAUAAACAGAACUGAAGAAAGAUUAGAAUUGCAUAUAUUGUCCUGUAUACUUGCACAAGUUUUCAACUUCGUCUUUAUUUCUAAUUUCAUUCGCCUGUGUAAUGUUUAGGGAAAUCUAUUACGGUUUGGCAGAGUGAGCAUCGCAACUGUAAAGGAGACCGCAUCCACUAUUUCAAAUGUGGGUAUGGUCCGGGACGAUACAAUGAGGGAAACUGCCAAUGGAUCAGUCAUUACGUGAAUGGCUAUUACGACCCAGUGAUGUUCAAGUGUGAACAUAAUGGAUUUAUCACAGGAGUGCAGAGCCUUUACAACGGCGUUGCAAGAGACCGCAGGUACUUAAUAUCUCUUUCCCUCCCUCUCCGAGACUGCUGAAAAUAUUAGUUUUUAACAAAUUAUAGUUAACGUGUCCGUUUCUCUCUUCCCUUUUAAUUUCGUUCAGCUUUCGAUUCCGCUGCUGCCAUAAACCUCGGUAUAUUCCCUACAACUGUAAGCACACUACUUAUGUGAACCGUUGGGAUGCUUCCUUGUCGUUCAGAGUCCCGCCAGGAUGCUUUUUGACGGGAGCGUACAGUUAUCAUCGCAAGAAUAAACAGUAAGUUUUAACAACCAUCUUCUCGUCUGAAUUUCAGCUAUCUCCUCGAGUCCCAAACUCCUGAGGAAGACGAUUGAAAUUCGGGCUAGGAGUUUCUCAGACGGUCAUCAUUCUUUGCCUGCUUUGAGCGUUUAGCUAGCGUUUACUGUUGGUGAAAGUCCAUUUUUCUAAAAUUACUGCCAAAUAUGUAUCACAAAGGAGGCUGUACGCGAAUCGCAACAGAACUUUUGAAAACAUUAAUUAUUGUCCUAUAGGAUUUUAAGCUCAGCACUUGAAAUAUUCCUCCGUCUGUUCUCAGAUGUGAGAGACAACACAGAAAUUUCACUAUUUAACACAGAGCAAGGAUUGUAAUGAUAAAUUUGCCAUAUUAUUAUUAUUUUUGUUAUUGUUAUUAUUUUAGAAUUAACAUGUAUUACAAUUAAAAUUUUUUGUGUCCAUAUUAUUUCUAGUGAUCGCCGCUGGAAGUUUGAGAUCUGUCAAUUCAAAAAAUGCCGUGGUUACUAUUAAAGGCGUGUUUCCAACAAGGCAUCAGCAAAGACGUAUUUUAAAUCAUCAGCAGAAAUAAAUAAGUUAAGUUAAGCUAACUGGUGAAGGGAAAGUGGAUUGAUU